GAAGUCUCUGUUCUUCCCCGACUCCUCCAAUGAACUUCUUCUUCUACACAUCUCCCGAAAAUUCUUCCUUACCUGAAACAUUCUCCCGCCCCUAUAAAUAUCCACGCUAUAUUAGAACUUUCAGGACUAUUCAAGAAAACUCUAACCGCUUUUCCAGAAGUCUCUGUUCUUCCCCGACUCCUCCAAUCAACUUCUUCUUCUACACAUCUCCCGAAAAUUCUUCCUUACCUGAAACAUUCUCCCGCCCUUAUAAAUAUCCACGCUAUAUUAGAACUUUCAGGACUAUUCAAGAAAACUCUAACCGCUUUUCCAGAAGUCUCUGUUCUUCCCCGACUCCUCCAAUCAACUUCUUCUUCUACACAUCUCCCGAAAAUUCUUCCUUACCUGAAACAUUCUCCCGCCCUUAUAAAUAUCCACGCUAUAUUAGAACUUUCAGGACAAUUCAAGAAAACUCUAACCGCUUUUCCAGAAGUCUCUGUUCUUCCCCGACUCCUCCAAUCAACUUCUUCUUCUACACAUCUCCCGAAAAUUCUUCCUUACCUGAAACAUUCUCCCGCCCUUAUAAAUAUCCACAUCCCACCGUUCCUCCAGGCCAAUUCGAAUAAACAAAACAAUACAGUUUUCCCCUAACAAUUCAAACUUAAAAACUCUUUUCUUUGUUACCGUUUUUGAUAGACUGUUACUGAUUCUUUUGUUUAAUGGCACCAAAGAGUGAGGGAAAAGCUAUUGGCAUUGAUCUCGGCACCACUUACAGCUGCGUCGGAGUGUGGCAAAACGACCGCGUUGAGAUCAUUGCCAAUGAUCAAGGCAACAGAACAACUCCUUCUUAUGUUGCCUUCACUGAUACUGAACGUUUGAUCGGAGAUGCGGCUAAAAACCAGGUUGCUAUGAACCCUCAAAACACUGUCUUCGACGCUAAACGUCUCAUCGGCCGACGGUUCUCUGACCCGGCUGUUCAGAGCGACAUGAAGCUCUGGCCUUUCAAGGUCGUGGCGGGUCCAGGGGAUAAGCCUAUGAUUGUGGUUACCUACAAAGGGGAGGAGAAACAAUUUGCGGCCGAAGAGAUUUCAUCAAUGGUGUUGACCAAAAUGAAGGAGAUUGCAGAGGCUUAUCUGGGUCAGACCGUGAAGAACGCUGUGAUUACUGUUCCGGCUUAUUUUAACGACUCGCAGAGGCAAGCUACAAAAGAUGCCGGAGCUAUAGCUGGACUCAAUGUUAUGAGAAUUAUCAACGAGCCGACUGCCGCUGCCAUUGCUUAUGGUUUGGACAAGAAGGGGUCGAGGUCCGGUGAGAAGAAUGUGCUUAUAUUUGAUCUUGGUGGAGGAACUUUUGAUGUUUCGUUGCUAACAAUUGAGGAGGGGAUCUUUGAAGUGAAGGCGACUGCUGGUGAUACUCAUCUCGGAGGUGAAGAUUUUGACAAUAGGCUUGUCAAUCAUUUUGUUGCAGAGUUUAAGAGAAAGCAUAAGAAAGAUAUCAGUGGCAAUGCCAGAGCUUUGAGACGCUUGAGGACUGCGUGUGAGAGGGCGAAAAGGACUUUGUCUUCCACCACACAGACGACGAUUGAGAUUGAUUCGCUCUAUGAAGGUAUUGAUUUCUAUUCUACUAUUACUAGAGCAAGAUUUGAAGAGUUAAACAUGGAUUUGUUUAGAAAAUGUAUGGAGCCUGUGGAGAAAUGUCUUCGUGACUCCAAGAUUGACAAGAGUCAGGUUCAUGAUAUUGUUCUUGUUGGUGGUUCAACAAGAAUUCCCAAAGUUCAGCAAUUGUUGCAAGAUUUCUUCAAUGGCAAGGAACUCUGCAAGAGCAUAAACCCCGAUGAGGCCGUGGCUUAUGGAGCAGCUGUUCAGGCUGCUAUUUUGAGCGGUGAAGGGAAUGAGAAAGUUCAAGAUUUGCUUCUUCUUGAUGUCACACCUCUCAGCCUCGGAAUUGAAACUGCUGGUGGUGUAAUGACAGUUUUAAUUCCGAGAAACACGACGAUUCCCGCCAAGAAAGAGCAAAUCUUUUCAACUUACUCUGAUAAUCAGCCUGGAGUUUUGAUUCAAGUGUAUGAAGGUGAAAGGGCUAGAACGAAGGACAACAAUCUGCUUGGGAAAUUCGAGCUCACGGGGAUUCCUCCAGCUCCUAGAGGUGUUCCUCAAAUCAAUGUUUGUUUUGACAUUGAUGCAAACGGCAUAUUGAAUGUGUCAGCUGAAGAUAAAACUGCUGGAGUCAAGAACAAGAUUACAAUUACAAAUGACAAGGGAAGAUUGAGCAAGGAAGAGAUUGAGAGGAUGGUUCAAGAGGCCGACAAGUAUAAGGCAGAGGAUGAGGAAGUAAAGAAGAAGGUCGAUGCAAAGAACGCCCUUGAGAAUUAUGCCUACAACAUGAGGAACACUGUGAAAGAUGAAAAGUUUUCCGAAAAACUUGAUCCGGCAGACAAGGAGAAGAUCCAGAAGGCGAUUGAUGAGGCCAUUGAGUGGCUUGACAGGAACCAAUUGGCUGAAGUUGAAGAAUUUGAAGACAAGUUGAAGGAAUUGGAAGGCUUGUGCAAUCCAAUAAUUGCAAAAAUGUAUCAAGGAGCUGGUGGGGAUGUUCCAAUGGGCGGUGGUGCAGACAUGCCGAAGGGCUAUGGCAAGGCAAGUUCCAGUAGCACUGGUGCAGGGCCUAAGAUUGAGGAAGUUGAUUAAAGCCAGAAAGGGGUGUCAUGUAGAGAUGUUAUGUCUUGAAACUGUUUUUUGGGUUUUGCUUGAGUGGGAUAAUAUGUGAAUACGUAAGAUUGUAAUGAUUGCCAGUAGAAUAGUAUUGAGAGAUUUGAGAAUGAACUAAAAAUUUUUAAGUGUAAGCAAUAGUUGGUUCAAAUUUACAAUAGAAUAAAUGUUUUAGUUGUAA